UACAUGCCACUCUUUAACGUCUCUCCCCGCUAACGUCUCAUCGCGCUCUUCAUCGUCAUCAUCACAUCAUCGUCGGUUGGGCUAACAAUAAAAGAGAUCGGCGAACCUGUGCCCCGUUAGUAUCCGCGUGUUCUCCACAGUGAGUGGGAUCUGUUUUCGGCUAGAGAGCACCGCUUUCGAAGAUUGUGCCCACACGAUGCUCGACACAUUCGCGUCCAUCAAGUAGAGACAUUGGAAUCGUGCGAUUCUACAAGGCGAUUAAGUGAAACUGAACUUGACCUAUAUCCAGGGUACACCGAAAGCGUUAGCGUCGAAGUAAAUCGAUCGAGACAAAUCCCACUUGAGCUUCGAAAACUUCACGAAUACUAUCCUGUGCUUUCUCUUCUCGUAUUUUUACUCAGACACUCGAAAGUAUGACGCGAGUAUGGUUGUUGUUGGGUGUUCUGGCGUUGGCUAAUGGCCAGAUUGUUUACCCGGGUCAAUACAACAUGAUGACGACCAACUUCGGUCGUGCCUCGGCAUUAUCUGCUAAUUAUCAAGCAGUCAGCAGUAGUCAACCCGUCCAAAUCAAUCAACAAUUCAAUCCAGGAUCCGCUGUCGAAUCAAAGCCGGUAGAAGGGCAAUUUUAUCCUACGACCACACACUUACCUUUGUACUCAUCAGCAAAUACUGUACUGACAGCCAGCCCGCAAUCGACGUCGGAAGCUUGGCGCAAUCAUGUAAACAAUAUUAUAUAUAAGGGAAUUACAAAGUUUGCUCUCGAUUUGGAUAGAGCGAUUGAUAAAACUUUGAGCACAACGGCAACUAAUAGUCGUGAGAACGUGAUCUUCUCUCCGCUCAGCGUUUCUGUCGCAUUGUCAUUAGUCCUAUUGGGUUCCGCUGGCAAGACCUUUGAUGAAGUUACCCGGAUACUCGGCUUAGAGACUGGUAUCGAUAUAUCCCAACAUUCCGAAAUUGUUCAUCAAAUGUUUGGUCAGCUCCUGACCAUCUUGAACUAUAGGGUUGAGGAUAGCGACAUGCCGCACGUGAAUUCUGCCAGUGGUAUCUUCGUCCAGCAAGGAUAUCCGAUUCGACCAGAAUUCCGCGCGAUCAGCGAGAAUGUGUAUAAUAGCGAAGUGAUAAAUUUAGAUUUUCGCACAAAAGCCAGAGAAGCGCGUGACAUAAUUAAUGCAUGGGUGAAGAAAAGAACAAUGGAUAAAAUUGAUAGUAUAUUGGACGAACCGCCACGUGCAAUGACAACUGUAAUUCUUUUAUCAGCGUUGUAUUUCAAAGGAGAAUGGAAUCAACAUUUCUUGGAAGGUAUGACACGGAGGAAACCAUUCUUUAUUGAGCCGAAUAAUACAGUCGAAGUAGAUAUGAUGUAUAACGGUGGUAAUUUUCCCUUCUACGAGGACAAAUCGUUGGGCGUUAAAAUUCUGGCUCUACCUUACAAAGGUUUAGAGAUGUCCAUGUAUGUACUUUUGCCGAAAGCUGAAGGAGCCGCCGCAUUAAAGAAUUUCCAGAACCAACUGACGGCCGAUACUAUUGAGUAUCUAAUAAACAGUAUGAAGAACGAGACAUGUGUCAUCGGUUUUCCCCGUAUGAAGCUUUCGAGCAAAUUGAGUUUGAACGGUGCGCUUCAAAGUCUAGGCUUGCAUUCAUUGUUCAGUCCAAAAACUGCGGAUUUAAGCAUCUUGUCAAGCGGAUACGGUCAAGCGCCACAAGCACCAAUAGUACCGAUUCAGCAAGCGCAGGCCGCAGCAAUUCCGCAAGUAGAAGCUAUUCCAACCAUGGUCACAUCGAUUCCGCAAGGACAAGCUGUACCAGAUCCACAAUCAUAUGUUGCGUCGAUUCCACAACCAUUAGCUACGUCAAUUUCCCAAGGACGGGCUGCGCCAGUUCCACAACCAUCUGCUACAUCGAUUCCACAAGCGUCAUCGCAAAUGCCAUGGCAAAUUCCUUCCGGGCAAUCGCCGAAUACCAAGACUGAUCAGAUUUUAAUUUUCUCGCGAUUUGGGAAUAAUAACAGUCAUCAGAACGCAAAAAGGAAUUAUUUCGCGUACGACGAUAAGAAACGCGGUGUCAGCGUAGAGCAAUGGAACACGGGCUUCAAUAUCCAAAAGAUUGAUAGAACACGUCGCGACGCUGAGAACAUAAGACGACGUAAUAACACGAAGUCAUUCCAUGCAACGUACGUCGUGGAGAACGAAGAUCUUAAGAAAGUCACGUCAAUGAUUGACGAUGUAAAUACGAAAUACGUGAAGGAGAACAGACAUCGCUUUGAAAAUGUCGAGAAGAAAAGUAGAAGGAGACGGCAAAGCCGACCCAUAGACCAGAACUUCUUGAGAUUCAUACAGACUCAAAAUUUCCCUUCUUAUGGCCUAGAUAUUCUGCGAAACAGCGCGAAUCUCGUGAAUCCGAGCCUGUAUGCUGACGAGGUGCUGCAUAAAGUGGAGAUGGAUGUAACGGAGAAGGGGACGGAGGCUGCUGCGACGACUGCAGUGGUUCUACGCCGAGAUGGUAAUCAGAAGAAGCUGGUUGCCAACCGGCCUUUCAUGUUUUUCAUCAGGCACGAUCCCACGAAGCUCAUCCUUUUCUGGGGAACGGUAAACAAGCCGACUCCACACUAUCCCGUCGUUAGAUGAAAUGCACUAUGAACGUUUCCCUUAGACAUAUCAGAGUUUGCUUUCCUCGCAAAUAAUUCCUACUUAUUUUUUUUUUAUAUUUAUAUAUAUUCGUCCUUAAUUCACACAAAUGCGAUUAUUUUAUAUAUGUCUUUUUUAAAUAUAUUUUACAUCGCUGUAACACGCCAUUUCCACGCAACAUAUUGCGAUCGUGAGUAUUGUAUUGCAAUAUAUUUGUAACACGUGUGCGUCGAAGCUUAUUUCGCGUGGUAUAUUUACUGUAAGUUAAAACGAUAUUAUAAUUAUAUUAUUUAAGUAUAAAUAAACAUAAUAUUGCAUUUUUAAUGUAACGACUAUUAAAACACGAUUUAUGCAAGGAGAUAAAUGACAAUGACUUGAAAUUUACAAAAUUAUGGAUAGGUAAGUUUCCAAUGCACAAUGACGCUACAAUUGAUUUAAUAGAAUUGCUGUUGAUACGAUACGUAUGUUUUAAGCUUUUAAUACUCCGAAUUUAGUUUUCGAGCCGUACAGCUCAUUUUGCUUGUAGUGAUAAAUAAUGUUCCUUCAAAUUUUUGAAAAUAAAUAUCGAUAAUAU